GUAGCCGUCCCCGCUCCCCUCCCCUUCCUCCCGCAUCCCGCGGCCUCAGAGCGCGGCCGCCGCCCGGUGCCGUCCUCCCUCCGUCCCUCCCGCCGCCAUGUUGCCCGCCGCCUCCCUCCUCCUCCGUCGCUGUGCCGCCGCCGUCGGCCUCCGCAAUGGCUUCCGGGGUCCCGCAGCUGUGCAGCACGCCCGCUGCUACUCCCAUGGAUCACAGGAGUCAGAUGAAGAGUUUGAUGCCCGCUGGGUGACAUAUUUCAACAAGCCAGAUAUCGAUGCCUGGGAGCUAAGGAAAGGUAUAAACACACUUGUGGGUUAUGACUUGGUUCCGGAACCAAAAAUCAUUGAUGCAGCUCUGAGGGCGUGCAGACGGUUAAAUGACUUUGCCAGCGCAGUCCGCAUCCUGGAGGUGGUGAAGGACAAGGCAGGCCCGCACAAGGAAAUCUACCCCUAUGUUAUCCAGGAGCUUAGACCUACUUUGAGUGAACUAGGAAUCUCCACACCAGAGGAACUGGGCCUGGAUAAAGCAUAAACCUUGUUGGUGCAUUACAGGAGCGUUCAGCCACCUCUGCCCGAUUGUUCGCAGUGUCCUCAAGCCCUGAAUGUUCCACCAUCACCUUAUUUCAAAUAACUUUAUCGAAUUGCCAUGUAUGUGAUGUGCAGUUGGACUUAAUAAAGGAAAACAUAGUUGAACCGAG